GGCAUUCCUACUCCCUGGACUUGCAGCAAGAAGCAGAUGGUCACAGUUUCACCAUGGGCUGCAAUAUUUCUAACAGGGUCGCUGACGCACAGCUGUCUUCUGAGGAGCUACAGAACAACCAGGAAGCCAAAAGCCAGACUAAAAAUGACAGCAUUGCUGGAACAGAGGCUGUCCCCUCACAGGAUGGGGCAGCUGGGCCAACAGGCACUUCAAAGGAUGGAGACAAACUUGAAAAUGAGACCAGUGAAGCAGACUCCCCUGAGGAGCUACCAGGAAGAUUUAUAUCUUCUCAGAAGAGCAGCAACGCACAAAGCACAGAUGCACUGCUCGCCAGCGAGUUCAUCAGUAAAUCAUGGCCCUCACAGAAAACAGAGAGGCAAAAACCAUCAGACAUUCUAGAGGAGUUGAGAAUGCAAGGAAUAAUCAAGAGCCAAAGUACCAUUGCCAGGACUGGAGAAGUGUAUGAAAACAAGAGAGAUGCCCUGGAAAAGACACAGAAGAAGCCACCAGCUAGGCUGGAAAAAAUUCAGUUUGGAAACACGGAAGUGGGUGAUUUUACAGUGAAGGACAUGAAGACUUCUGCUGAAGCAAAAAACCAGGUCAUCUAAUUCCGCUGUGUAUUUUUCCACCGCUUGCUUCAUCACAUAAAACCCUCUACUUUUUACAAAUCAAGAUAACAGACAGUUUACGUACAACCUACUAGCAAAACCUGAUUAGCAGCAGCA